UCUGCUCAGUCAUUUCAGGGUUCAGCUAUUUAAGCAGACCACAGGCUUUCAAGUCUCAUAGUCUGUCAGUCUCUUUCAAGUCUCUGGCAUAUUCUCUUCCCUCCUUCUGGAAUUACCCUCCCUCUCUGCUCUGGCAAAAAACUUCUUUCUCCAGAAACCCUGUCUACUUCACUUUGGUAGAAUUAACAACCCUCUUGCCACUAUGUAAACUAUAUUGAGAUAUACUGAAUUUACAUAUAUUUACAUCCAUCUUUCCCAAAAGCCUGUGAAUUUCCCAACGUCAGAAAUCCUUUUUAAGUUGUCUUUGAGUCCCAGAAUUCCUAGAACAUAGUAAAAGAUUUAAUCUAUGAACAAAUGCCUAGCAAAGGGAUUCCUGCUUGACAUAUGCUCAGUGAGUUUUAUCGAAUUGUAUUGACUGAACUGAAUUCAAAUAGCUUUUGUUCCUCCAGAACCCCAAUCGGAACCAGUAAACAGACGUUAGACCCUCUCGGUGUUUCAGGGUCCUAUUUUGGGUUACUGACACAAGCUUAACACUCGGCAAUAAAAAAGAUAUUUUCUUUACUAGAACCUAGAAGAAAAUGCGACCAAUGAGUCAGAAAAAGAACUGCCUGUCCGAGGUGCGGGCUCAUGGCUGGCUUCUCACCUCUCCUGCCUGGUGAGACACGAAAGGGGAGGGAGGACAGCGGGGGAGCCGGAGAGCAGCUGCAACGGUCGGCCAGCUCCUCUUCCUCCUCCUGGGAAAGAGAAGGAGGACGCCAAGCCAGACACCCUUUCAGGAGAGCCUGAACAAAUAAGCCGGAGCUGCUCUGGCUCUCGCCCUCCACUCACUUCGGCCCCUUACUCCCCUCACCCCGUCACUCACACAACACGCACACAGAGAACCACCUCGCCUCCAGACGCCCAGUUCGAAGAUUACCGUGACUGUCAACGAAAUGUGCCAAUCACAGGCAGCCUAAACCAGACCCCUGGGAACUGAGUACAGAAAUCGGUUUGGAGGCAGAAAGGAAAUGAACAUAGCACAAAGAGAGAUUCGUGUUCAUAUGCACGUAGGGUCCGAAGCCAAGAAACGGCAGGGUGUCUUCACUACCGCAGAACGCGGAGCAUCGCAGACAGGAACUUCGAAGGAACUGAAAUCUGUUGCCUGCUCCGCUAGGAAGAUUGUUUGCAAGGCACCAGGUGUCUUUCGGGAGUAGGCACCCUCUGCGCAUGCGCAGGUCCAUUCGGGAAUCACUGCCCUGCCGCCGACUAAGUUGCAUUGCUUGAAUCUUCGCAGAAAAGACAAUUCUUUAAUCAGAGUUAGUAAUGUGGACAGUGCAAAAUCGAGAGAGUCUGGGGCUCCUCUCUUUCCCUGUGAUGAUUGCCGUGGUCUGCUGUGCACACAGCGCCAACGAGCCCAGCAACAUGUCAUACGUGAAAGAGACAGUGGACAGAUUGCUCAAAGGAUAUGACAUUCGCUUGCGGCCGGACUUUGGAGGGCCCCCCGUGGACGUUGGGAUGAGGAUCGAUGUCGCCAGCAUAGACAUGGUCUCCGAAGUGAACAUGGAUUAUACUCUCACAAUGUAUUUCCAGCAGUCUUGGAAAGACAAAAGGCUUUCUUAUUCUGGAAUCCCACUAAACCUCACACUAGACAACAGGGUGGCUGAUCAACUCUGGGUACCAGACACCUACUUUCUGAAUGACAAGAAAUCCUUUGUGCAUGGGGUUACAGUGAAAAAUCGCAUGAUCCGCCUGCAUCCUGAUGGAACAGUUCUCUACGGGCUCCGGAUCACAACCACAGCUGCGUGUAUGAUGGAUCUACGAAGAUAUCCUCUGGAUGAACAAAACUGCACCCUGGAGAUUGAAAGUUGUGAGUUGACUUUGGACAGGGGGACAACAAAGAGGGAUGUUUGCUUGACCUAAUGAAGUGCAACCUUGCACUGAG